AUGGCCGAAAAGGCAGACGAAACUGUGGCAAAAGCAUACGAACACCUUGAUGAACGCGAAGAUGAACCCCCCUCCGUCUCGGAAUUAGGCACACACGCAAAAUCGACCACGUCUUCUACCUCGAAACUUUCAGCACGAGCAGCCGAAGCCCGGCGAAAAGCGAAGCUUGCACAACUGAAAACCAAACAAAUAGAAGAUGAAUCGAUGCGGCGAAAGGAACUUGAGCGCAUCGAAAGAGAACGACUUGCUAAGUUCGAACAAGCCAAACUCGAGCACGAUCGUCUUGCCAGAGAAGAAACCGAGAGGCGUCGCAUACAAGAAUCGAGAGAUCAUGCGGCACAAGCCGAACUUGAGGCUAGAUUGAUCGAGGCUGAGGCUGAUCGAGGCUGA